AACGGCCAAACAAAAUAAUUUGACAAUGCCAAGCUCAAUUGCAUUGCAAAAGCCUCACAACCAUGUCCACUUGUUUCCUCAACUCUCCUCCCCCAUAUCUCACAACCAAAUUCACCACCAUUAAAUCCCUGAAUCCCAAACCUUCCCACCGCAAUCUCUCUCCUAUAAACUCACUGAAUGGGCCCACAUCAAACACUCUCCAAAACCUGGCCACAACCCUCACAAAACUCCUAUGGCCCAAAACCCUCCCACCCCAACUCCUCAUCUCCACCGUCCGUUCUGCCUGGACUUCCACGUGGCUUCUUAUGAUGUCCCAACUUGCCCCUUCUGACCCAAUUGGCAGUUACUCCAGACCCACUUCCCAAUUUCCCGCCAAAAUUAACGACCUUUCCCGCCAUAACCUAACUACCCUCCAUCUCUAUGUAGGUCUUCCUUGUCCUUGGGCUCAUAGAACCCUCAUUGUUAGGGCCCUUAAGGGCCUUGAGGAGGUCAUCCCCGCCUCCAUCGCCUCGCCGGGUGUCGACGGGCUGUGGGUGUUUGGGGGGGAUAUGGGUACUGAUGAUAAUGCCAAUGGGUGUAAGACUUUGAAAGAGGUUUAUAAGCUUAAGAAAGAUGGUUAUGAUGGAAGGUCUACUGUUCCUAUGCUGUGGAAUGUGGAGAGGAAGGAGGUUGUGUGUAAUGAGAGUUAUGAUAUUAUUCAGUUGCUCAAUUGUGGCUUUAAUGAAUUGGCUCAAAACCCGGGUUUGGAUCUCGAACCUCCCUCGUUGAAGGGUAGGAUCCAGGAGUGGAAUCGCGUUAUCUAUCCUUAUGUGAAUAAUGGAGUCUAUAGGUGUGGGUUUGCUCAAACUCAAGAGGCUUAUGACGCGGCAGUGAAUGACUUGUUUAGCACACUAGACAUGUUGGAGGAUCAUCUGGAGAGCUUCCGGUAUCUCUGUGGAGACUCUUUGACGAUCGCUGAUGUUUGCUUGUUCACUACCUUAAUAAGAUUUGAUCUUGUUUAUAAUGUUAUGUUUAAGUGCACAAAGAAGAAGAUAGUGGAGUAUCCCAAUCUUCAUGCAUAUCUGCGAGACAUAUAUCAGAUUCCAAAGGUUGCAGAAACCUGCGAUUUGAAAGCAAUGAUGGAUGGCUACUACAAUUACUUGUUUCCGUUAAAUCCGGGCAAUAUUCGUCCUAUAAUACCAUCUGGUUGUGAUCAUGAAGCUCUUUCCAAACCUCACAAUAGAGAGUUACUGUCAUUAGCUACCGAGAGCUUGCAAACCAGUUUAUGUUGAUUGAUCGCUGAGUGUAAAUUGUGAUUACAGUAUACUGUUAGCGGAUUGUGUACAGAUAAAAUUUUACUUUGCCCUUCUUGAGCUAUUGCUCUUCUUGAGCUAUUGCUGUAAUAACUUUAUUGUGCAAAUUUUUGAAGGAAGGCGAAUUUAUGAGAGAAAUAAAAACUCGGUUGAGAAA